GGGGUGGGCUGAUGGGGGCGAGGCUGCGGCGAGCGCCGCGGCGGGUGCGGGCCGAGCCGGCGGCGGCGUGCGGAACCGACGGCCCGGAGGCCUCGCGGAGCUGGGGUCGCCGCGGCGCCGAGGCAGGAGAGCGAGAGGGGGCCCCGCCCAGGAGCCGGGGGUGGGAGGCCUGCGGGAGGCGCCGGGUCUGGAGCCGAGCCUGGAGCCGUCCCGGCCGGGCAGGCCCUGGGAGCCCGGGGGAGGGGAGCCCAGCUAUCCGGAGGGACAGAGUCCCUCCCGGGUCCCAGUUGUCCUUUGCCCCAUUUUCUGAGCCUCAGCGCGGACCACAGUCCUCUGAGCCCCCGGGGGGACCUGGGGUCCCCGUCCUGAGCCCUGGGGAGCCCUCCAGGCCCUCCUCUGGACCCCGCUGUGUCACUGCCCCAGUGCAGACCUCUGAAGUCGCUGAGUGGCCAGGGACACCCCCAUCCCCUUUUCCAUUAUUCCCGCAGGUCCCAGCCCUCGGGGCGUGGGGCGCUCUGCUGCCGCUUCUGUGAAUUUGGGGCUCCUGCUGCCUCUCUGAGACCCAGGAGGAGUUCUGCCCAUGCUUUCUGAGCUUCCCUGGGGACCCCAGCUCUUCUUUUGAACCCCCAAGGGACCCAGCUCCACCCUCUCCGGACUCUGAGCCCUAGAGAAGGCACGGUGUCUCCUUUCAAACACAUAGAGGACCUCAGCAGCCUUUCUUGGGUACCCCAACCUCUGAACCUGAGUGGGGUUCUCAGAUCCCUGUCCUGGGGACACCCAGUUUCCCUUUGGUGGGGACCCCAGAGCAGCUCUGUAGAGCGCCAGCCGGCAGGCCCCCCUCCUGGGUACCCAGCUUCUAGCUCUGGGCCCAGGGAGACCUUGCUUUCCCUGGGUCCCAUCUUAUUUGCUGAGUUUCUGUGGGGACCCCAGGCCCCCUUCUGAGCCUCAGAGGGCUUCCUGUCUGGGGGCCUCGCUUUUCUCUCCUAAGCCUCAGAGGCGAGCCGGACUCCCCGUUUGAGGCCCCAGGGAGGAUUCACAUCCCCCGGUUUCACAAGUCCCGUGGAAGCUGAGCCCCCACGCCCUCAGGACCCCGGCGCCCCCCUCCCUGCUCCUGUGCGGCCCGGGACCCCUCCCCGGCUCUGCCUCCCGUGCACCUGCUCCCAGCCGCCGCAAGGACGAUGAUGUGGUCCAGCUUCUUCAUGCAAGAGGAGGGCCGGCGGCGCGGGGCCGCGGGCCGGCGGCGGGCUCGCGGGCAGCGCAGGUCCGGGCUGGCGCCGGCGCGCGAGGGCAGUGUCAAGCUGGGGCUGCUGCUGACGGCCGUGGGCGCCACGCUGGCCGUGCUGGCCGUGGGCACCGAGUUCUGGGUGGAACUCAACACCUACAAGGCCAACGGCAGCGCCAUCUGCGACGCUGCCCACCUGGGGCUCUGGAAGAUGUGCACCAAGAGGCUGUGGCAGGCCGACGUGCCCACGGGCAGAGAGACGUGCGGCCCAGCGGAGCUGCCUGGAGAAGCAAACUGCACCUAUUUUAAAUUCUUCACCACGGGGGAGAAUGCACACAUCUUCCAGAGAACCACAAAGAAAGAGGUGAAUCUGGUGGCUGCUGUGAUGGCAGUUCUGGCCUUGGCGGUCAUGGCCUUGGGGUGCCUUUCUAUCAUCAUGGUGCUCAGCAAAGGUGCAGAGUUCCUCCUCCGAGUUGGAGCCUUCUGCUUUGGCCUCUCAGGCCUGCUGCUCCUGGUCAGCCUGGAGGUGUUCCGGCAUUCCGUGAAAGCCCUGCUGCAGAGGGUCGGCCCUGAGCCACCCCCAGCCCCGGCCCUGGCCUACGAGUACUCCUGGUCUGUGGGCUGUGGCUUGGGGGCCAGCCUGGUCCUGCUGCUGGCUGGCGGCUGCUUUCUGCUGCUCACCCUGCCUCCCUGGCCCUGGGGCUCACUCUGUCCCAAGCAGGGGCACAGGGCUGCCUAGGGCCACCGUUGUGCUUUCUCCUGGCUCCUUCUAGAUGCUUCUCUUUCCAUGGUCCUCAUCAGAACCGUUUGCCCCACGUCCUGGAGAAGCUGUGUGCUCCCUGACAUGGGGCACACGUUGUUUGCACAAACCUGCCUCUCACGGCCUCGGCUGUAAAUACAUUUUUCUGGGUGGCUGAAUUUGGGAUGCUUGGGGUGGGGUGGGGAGAGGUUUUUGCAAAUGAGGGUCCCUAGGGAAGGAUGGCGGGGACCUGAUGGGGUAACCAGGGAGUGGGGUGGGGGUGAGGUCAGGGUUCUUGGGAGGGUGUUGGACCUGUUCGUGUCCCAGGAUUUACUCACUGGUGGGAGUGACUUCUGGUGAAAGCGAACCUUGGGGAAACGGGGAGUGGGGAGGGCCAGAGCUCUGGGUACGACCCGCUGUCGUCUGGCCUGUGGGAUUAAAGGUUUG